AUCGCUUCGCAUCCCCCAAAAGCCGUUUGUGGGAUUUCUUUUGAAUUUUGAGUCAAGAAACGCCACUUCAUUUUGAAAAAAUAAUUAUGGUAUUGACUUUUAUUUUUUAAUUAUGAGACAGAAACGAUAAUGAAACGAUCUGAAAUUUAACUAGGCUUCAUCAUGUCCAUACAUUGAACCAUAGAACAUAUACAUUUUUGCGAUUAAAAAAACACCACUUGGGAAUUUUAACAUAUUUUUUAUGUCUUGGUCUGUUGGCUGUUUAUUGCUAACCUAAGCAAUUUUAUUUUGAUUUCGUCAGAACUCAUGGAACGGAAGUUUGCUGUGGUGAGGUGGAGUGAAGGAAAGGAUGCUGGGAAGUUAAGUGAAGUCAAGACUGAGACCAUCCGGGCAUAUGACGACUCCAAAAUGGACCAGCAUGGCAAUCCCAUUGUUGCGUAUUCAGCUAUUGUGGAAUGGCGCCACGGGAAGAAACCGCGAGGAGGAUGGCCUCACUACAGAGGCACUGUGCUGUUUGUCAGCGCAACUCGUUUUGAGGCAACCCGUAAAAUUAACUUGCUGCUGAAGACUGAUGAACCUCUAGAACUGACCAAGAGGAAAUCGGUCCUGCCUCAAAAAUAUCAAGAUGAGUCAGAUAACUCGACCGACACUGACAGUCAGAUUCUUACUGAGUCAUUACAAGUCAAGAAGUCAAAGGUACAGAAAAGAAAAGACCCUGCUGAAGACUUUCUUGAGAUGUACUGUCAUCCACAAACAAGUUCAAGAAAUCCAGAAAAGACAGUAUCUGAAUUAAUGCAGGAGAUCAAGGAGCUGAAAGAGGAGAACGCUAACUUGAAGGAGAUGGUUGUUCAAGAUAUACCAGAACUCAUGAAAACCAUGAAACAUGUAAUUAAGUCGGUUAUACCUACCAAGCGAUCCAGGCUGGAGCUUAAUACACCACCGAUGCCCCCCCAGAGUUUUAGUUCCUCACCACCAUCCCCCCCUGGAGCUACAGAAUCCAGUUCUGUGUCUGACACUGUGACUCCAUCCCAGAAGGACUCGCAGUCUUCUAAGGUGGAGAUCUACCCUGGAACUGGAGUCCUGGUGGAGAAACUGGCGUGGACGUACGCUUUAAAUUCACAUUCAGCCACUGGAUUUGUGAGACAUCUGGUCACAGCAGUCUUCCCACCAGAGAUACUGCUGGUGAGCAAUCUUCGCGGGGGCAAACGAGGUGGAGGAGACGCUCGUCUACCAUUGGACAAGCAUAAAUUGGAUGCCAUUUACAGUGCAACUCUUGAGAGGUGGCCAGGGACACAGAUCGCCAGCAUCGGAACCACAAUAAAUUGCAAGAUUACAGAACUCCGGGCGAAAAGUAAAAAUGUUGCCGUGCCAUAAGUUGUCAUGGUUAGACUUCGGGUUGGUUCUAAAGGUUGUUUCCUGUUUUAUUUUUAAGGCCCUUCCUUGUUUGUUUAGUUUAGUUUGACUUCCCUCGUCCCAAUCUUUCCUGAUCAUUGGCACCUAUGUCUCGUCAGCCCCGUUAGUAUAUAUGUCUUGUCACUCCCUUCCUCUUGUGCUGAUCUGUACUGUUUGUUCCCCCCUUCAAGUGGUUUUGGUUCUAUUGUCAAGCUUAGAUAAGUCUGUUCUCAGUUUAUGUUACUCUUUUGGUUUUUGGAUUCCCUGUGGUACAGCGUCCUUUGUUAAAUAAAUAGAUUUUGUUUUUUCGAACUCC